GAUCCACAGAUAAUAAACCAAAAGUGGAAAAAAGGAAAUAAACAUGGUGGAAUUUUGUGGAUUAUUAAAAUAAUAUCGGUCAUUUUAUUUAAUUAACCAUAUGAUUUACUAUUAAAAAGACUAAAAUGUCUGGAACUAGUGGUGCGGGAGUGCCUAGUGGCGUGGUGCAGAACAGUGCGUUGUCUUUCGUUGCGCAGGCGCAGCCAACAAGCGAAGUGCCUCCAUCAACAGCUGAUCCAGGAUCUGGUGGAUCAGGAGAACCUAACACUGAAACAGAUCGUCUAAUGCCAGCAGGCCUGAAGUCACUGUAUGAUGCUUGUGCUAAAGUAUAUCCAGCGCAGCCCAAUCCGUUGCAAGUCACAACGAGAUUAAAAUAUUGGCUAGGCGGCCAGGACCCCCUGGACUACAUCAGCAUGUACUGGAACCCCGGGAUACCUGAAGAGAACAUACCAUCACAUUGGCAUUAUGUUAGCUUCGGGCUGUCUGACCUGCACGGCGACGGGCGCGUGCACCCCGCGCCGGCGCCCGGCGAGCGCUGCUCGGGCUACGGUCUGGAGCUCACGUUCCGCCUCGCCAGCGCCGCCCGGGAGCCGCCGCUGUGGCCCGCCGCGCUGUUGCAGCAGCUCGCGCGGUACAUAUUCACCACCGGCAACAAGUUCUGCGCGGGAGACCACGUGUCGUGGCACGCGGCGCUGGACGGCUCCUCGUCGCGCGUGCGGCACCUGCUGGUGGCGGACGAGUCGCAGCUGCCGCCGGCCGACACUCCGCACGGCGCCGUCGCCUUCCUGCAGAUGGUGGGAUGCACCAGCAGGGAGCUGCGGGCGGCGCAGCGCAGCUCUGGCUUCGAGGUGCUCAAAGCAUUGAGUGAUGACCCGAGAUGCGGCGGGCGCUGGCUGGUGACCCGCGCGGAGCGGCGCGCCUCAGUGCGGGUGAGCGCUGCCGCACGGCGCGCCGCGCACCUCGCCGGCGUCUCCGCCAGAGUGCGCUGGCAGAGGCACACGGGUGAGGAGCAACAGAGCAGCGCGCUGUCUCCGAGCGUGGAGCGCCAAAUCAAGGAGACUCUGCAGCGCGGCCUGAGCAGCAUGAGCGACCGCGGCACAGAAGGUCACAACAUGUCAACGGACAGUUUCGAGAUGUCGAGCAUCGAGCGUGCGCUGCCGCAGCUGCCCGAGAUGAUGCAGGGUUCUUGGAGUGGAGACAGAGACGUAGAAUACCUGGACGGCGUGCAUCUCAUGCUGAACGCGGAGGGAGCCAGUCUGUUACCACUUGCCAUCGACGGGCGCGUGCUACAAGAUCGUCACUUCACGUGGCGGCAGGGAGCGCGCGCGGUCACCAUCCUCCCGCCGAGCGUGGCCGGAGCCCUGGUCUGCGCGCGCCAGCCCUACGCCUGCAGCGGAGACUGGUUACAGAUCCUAAUAUCACCCGACCUAGCGAAGGAAAUGUCGCAGCAGCUCUCCGUGCUCUCCCGGCUGGCGGAGAGCGACUCAGAGAGUGACGGAGAGACGGAGAAGUCUCCGCGCCCCCGCCCGCCCCUCGUGUUCUCGUGGCCCGCGCACCGACUCACUCUCUCCGUGCUACAUGACACUGAGAUAUUGUACUGAUGAAACAUCCAAAUAUUAUAAUGGACUAAGAGAAAUUAUUGUACAAUUUAAAUUUUAACAAGUUGUAAAUAAAAGUUAGUUACUCAAUAA